AUGUCAGAAAGACGGACACUUUUGAGCCGUCCCCGGACCCGGGUGUACGACUGCAACUACAACAUCGGCGAAGGUUACUAUAAGCCAAUGAUGGACCACCUGGACCGCAAGUAUUACGGUUCUUCGGCGGCGCCAGCCGCAGCUAAGCCCACAAGUGGAUUCUUCGACUCCAGCCCAAAAAGCCUGUUCGGCACGUCCGGCUCAUCGGCCUUUGACGAGUAUAGAUCUUCGUCACCGGCACGAUCCCGCCGCAGCGGAUCCGACUCCAGAUUAUCUUUGCCCGAUGACGAAUUCGAACAAGAGGUAGCCGCAAUGCGCCGGGCUCGCGCCGCCAAGGUGGCAGCUGCCCGAACGGCGUCUCUGGAGAAGGACUUCGAGUCGGCGUUCAACGGGUUUGCGUCUGACGGCAAGCCGAGGCCACGGCUCAACUAUACGGAGAAGAUGUUGGACACUAUUGGGCUGAACAGCAAGUCACAGGAGGCGCUGGAGGAUGAGAUCUACAAGAAGAGGACAAAGUCCUUCUUCCAGGACGCGGAGGACGUGGUGGCGUCAGCCGAACUCCACGCCAACAACCGACGGUCAGCAGCGUUUAAAGCGCAUCUACAGGACGCGGCUGACGAGCAGUCCGCCAGUCAGCUGGCGGCCGAGGCCAGGGCACGCAAGUCCAAGGCCCGCUUAUUAGACAUACAAAACGAGCUGGACGGCAUCGUGGAAAGGGACGCUGCCCGCCAGAAGCGCUCAGCCAAUCUGAAGGCGCUGUUCGCUGACAACGAAGCGCUCACAGAAUCAGUUAGCUCUUUCAAGAAGAAGUCAUCGAAAAAAGUGUCAUUUUAA